AUGGAACAUGAAGACUUGGACAAAUGUAUGGAACAUGAAGAUUCGGACGAAUAUAUAGAAUAUGAAGAUUUAGAUGAACAUAUAGAACAUGAAGAUUUGGAUGAAUAUACGGAAUAUGAAAACUUAGAUAAAUAUAUAAAUACUAAUUAUAGUUCUGUUGAUAUUUAUCACAAUCCUCAAAUUCUUAAUGUAGAUGAAACAAUAAAACAAGUGGUAUUUUGGGUUUACCUUUUCCAGGAUAUAUUUUUAUUACCUCAAACAGCAAGCGCUAUAUUGUUAGAUUUUUUUAAAGAAUUAUUACAAUCUUUUAAUGAAAACAAAUUUCUUGAUUUUCCUUUAACAAUAUAUCACAUUCUUAAUGGUAAAGAUCAACACAUCAGAUGCAAAUGCAAUGAAAUAAUUACUAAGACGGUUCGAACUUCUAAAGGAAAUCAUCUAAUUAAGUCUAUCAAAACAUAUUCAUACCAUUCAAUAAUCCAACAAUUGGGAUUACUUUUAUCAAAACCAGGAAUAGAAGCUUUAUUAGAAUCAUACUGGUUUAAUCCUUGCAAACAUAUUCAAAACUCUGUUGGUGUUAUAUAUUUAACAAUAUUGAAUUUACCACGUCAUAUGCAAUUUCGUGAAGAAAAUACUUUUGUUGUUAGAAUAAUACCAGGUCCUCACGAGCCAAAUGUAAAUGAAAUACAUCAAUAUAUUGAUCCUUUGGUUGAUGAACUUCUUCAAUUAUUGGCUAGUCAAGUUAUACAAUCACCUAAUUAUUCAAUUGGUCGCGUUUAUCGUGCAGCUUUAAUUAUGAUUUCUUGUGAUACUCCUACCGUGAGAAAGAUUGGUGGAUUUUCUGGACAUUCUUCUAAAAGAGAAUGCUAUAGAUAUGAUCAUACCUUUCCUACGAUUCAGGAUAGUAAUACUGGAUAUUGGAAACCAGAUUUUAGUAAUUUUGACACUAAUUUUCCACAACGUUCAAAAGAAAAGCAUCGAAGCAUUGCUUAUAAAUUUAAAAAUGCAAGUCCAACAAUAUAUCCCAUGCAUAACCUAUAUUUAGAUACCGCUAAAAGAAUGAUAAAAGCAUGGACUUCUGACAAACAACCAUUAAUUUUUACAAAUGAUUUUAAAAAGAUCCAAAAUAUUGUUGAUAUUACAUUACCUCCUUCUGAUAUAGGCUGUAUACCUCUUAAAAUAGCAUCUCGAUUUGCUGGAUUUUCUGUUGAUCGGCAAACUAUAAUUAGUCUUGAAGAUAUCGAAAAUGGAGAUUUAGCAAUAAAAGAUUUAUUAAAUAAAAUUAAAUCUAUUUGGGGACUGGAAAUUGUGACACCAAACAUGCAAAGAAUAUUUAUUGGAUUACGGACCCCUUUAUAG